GGAAACCCGGAACAAAAGAAAAAUAACAAAAACACGUGUUUGUUUUUUGGGGUUUUCUUGUUUAUUAAAGUCUCAUUUCAAAGCGAAAACAUACGUAACCGGUAGAGCAUCAACAGCUGUGUGCAUGACGUCAUGCCGAGCAGCAUUCCUGAGGUUGGGAGAGGUUGUGGUCGGCAUGGCAACCUGCCAGGUGCGUCACAGGUAGGUGUGGCUCUGGUUUGACAGCAGAUCAACAACCAGAAGACUUCCUGGUCUGAUAUUCCUCUCUGGACGCGUCUGCAGCAGAGAACACUUUCUUUGCAGAGCAAUAACUUCCUUGACAGUGUAACCUGUUAAAAAAGGCAUGAUGGAGAACUGCUGUGGUCUGCUCAAUGCCAAUAAGGAACCAGUUCCUCUGAAGAGCGUGGAGGUGGAGCUGGAGGUGAAGGACCAUGUGGCUACUGUGGUCUCCACUCUGAACUAUGAGAACAAGGAGGACAAACCACUAGAGGCAGUUUUUGUCUUCCCUCUGCCUGGAGAUGCUGCCGUCUGUCACUUCAGUGCGAAGAUUGGACAGACGCAGAUUGUAGCUGAGGUGAAGGAGAAACAAAAGGCUCGUGAGGAGUAUGACGAUGCUUUGAGCUCCGGUCAGCAGGCCUUCCUGUUGGAGGAGAGUGAGCAGAGUCCAGACAUCUUCUCUCUGAGUGUGGGCAGUCUGCCUCCAGGAGAGAGCGCCUCCAUCAGGCUGGAGUACGUCACUGAGCUGGCUGUGCAGGCUGAUGAAGGGCUGAGGUUUUGUCUGCCUGCUGUGCUCAACCCUCGCUACCAACCUCAAGGGAGUGAAGGUAGUGGAGGUGGCAACGUUCAGGUGACCUCUGUUCCAGCCUCUCUGGUGCCCUACAGUCUGUCUUUCUCUGCCCGAGUGUCCGCUCCUCGUCCAGUCUCUAAAGUAGAGUCCAAAUGUCCCCUGGACCCUCUCCAGUACCUCAACACAGAGCAAACCCAGGCCACGGUCAAGUUGGCUGCAGGACACAAGUUUGACAGAGAUGUUGAACUGCUGAUUUAUUACAAAGAUGCCCACCAGCCCACUGCUGUGGUGGAGGCAGGACAGGCCUCUGCCAAGCCUGGCACUCUGAUGGGUGAUCCAGUAGUGAUGCUGAGCAUAUACCCUGAGUUCUCCAAGGCUGUGAUGUCUUCAGUCGCCUCAUGUGGAGAGUUUGUGUUCUUAUUGGAUCGAUCUGGCAGCAUGCACGGGCCACGUAUCAAGAGUGCCAGGGAUACUCUGCUGCUCCUGUUGAAGAGCUUACCGAUGGGCUGCUAUUUCAACAUCUACAGUUUCGGGUCCGGCUUUCAACACAUCUUCCCUAAGAGUGUGGAGUACGGCCAGAAGACCAUGGAGGAAGCUCUGAUAAAAGUUGAGGAGAUGGAGGCUAAUCUGGGAGGAACAGAGAUCCUUCAGCCCCUCAAAGGCAUUUACAGCCAGCCCUGCAUUCCCAAUCAACCUAGACAACUAUUUGUCUUUACUGACGGAGAGGUGGGGAACACCAAAGACGUUAUAAAUCUGGUGAAGACGAAUUCAGGUUCCCACAGGUGUUUCUCUUUUGGGAUUGGGGAAGGGGCCAGCUCUGCUCUUAUCAACGGGUUGGCCAAGGAAGGAGGAGGUCACGCUCAGUUCAUCACAGGGACUGACAGGAUGCAACCCAAAGUGAUGCAGUCGCUGCGUUUUGCUCUGCAACCAGCUGUGGUGGACAUCUCAGUCACCUGGGAUUUGCCAAAAGGAGUUUCUGUCACUGCUCUCUCUCCACCAAUCACAGCACUUUUCCAGGGUCAAAGGUCACUGAUUUACGCCCAGCUCACUGGAAAGAGCUCAGACGCAGCAGAGGGCUGUGUGACGGUGAAGUACAGCCUGGCAGGUCAUCCCUCUCAGAACCAGCUCCACUUCAAUCUCAAACCUGCAGAGGACACUGGAUUAACAGUCCACAGGUUGGCUGCUCGGACUCUGAUUCGCUCCCUGGAGAUGGAGGAAAGAGAGAGCAGAGGAGAACCAGAGAAAGGAGUGAAGAAGAAGGUGGUGGAGCUCAGUGUCCAAUCAGGAGUGAGCAGUGCCUUCACUGCCUUCAUUGCCGUCAACAAAGGCAACGGCGAGCCGAUUCAAGGACCUCUGGUGCGCAGAAAUAUUCCAACAGCAAUGUUCAUGGCCUGUAGUAUGCCGCGGCGUGUACCUACGUGCUAUUCUGGUGGGCCGCUGAUGAACUGUAGUAUACCGCGGUGUGUACCUACGUCCUGUUCUGGUGGGCCGCGGAUGAACUAUAGUAUACCGCAGUGUGCACCUACGUCCUGUUCUGGUGGGCCGCAGAUGGCCCGUAUGCGUGGGAGUAGCAGAGGUAAGGGUGGCAAGCCAAAUUUAUUCUCUAAUAUAAAGAAGAAACUUGCUGGUCCCAACACGCCUCCAGUGCCACAGGGUAUGUGUCUGUCCAGUUGUGAUGAUGAAUCUGAGGACAUGUGUUUGGAUGCUGCUGACUUUGAUUGCCCUUCAGGUUUUUUUAGGCCAGAUUCCCUCUCCAUGUCCAUUGAGUCACCCAGAGUCCAGCCACCCAGAGACCCUUUGCUGCAGCUGGUCUCCCUCCAGAAGGCGUCUGGCUGCUGGGUGCUAGAUCCAGCUCUGGCUGCUGCACUGGGAAAGACCAGUGAGGAGGUGGAGAAGCCCAAGCCUGCAUCGGUGAACCAGGAAGUGUGGGCCACCGUUCUGGCUCUGAUCUGGCUUCAUGGUUUCAAGAUGGAUGCUCAGGAAGAGUGGGAGCUUCUGGCUAUGAAGGCUGUGUCAUGGCUCCGUGCUCAGAACGCAGCAGGUGUGACCGAGUGUGUGGAAGCUGGAAAUACUCUGCUGGGUUGCAGCGUGAAGAAAGACGUCCUGGGACUCUGAAGUUUUUAUUAAAGUGGCUUCUCUUCAGGAUUGGUACACAGAAGUAGAUUCACUCUCCAUCCUACAACCUUUAUUAACAGUGCCUUGUUUCUUAAUUCUUGCACUAUUCACAUUUAAUUGUGCAGCUGUUUGUUUAGGCCCUUUAAAAUGCAUUGAUUUGACAAAUACUUGGCACUAUUUUAUGUUUUAAAAAAGAAGUUUGCAAUUUGCAUUUACAUCCAUCCAUGUUCAGGAAUGUAACAAAGAGUUGUUGUUGUUGUUUGCUUUAAAGCUUAAUUUCAGGUUGUAUUUGAAUCUGUUUUACUUUAAUAAAUAAAACCUAUAAUUCUGAUAAAA